AUGAACACAUUUGUUGUAGCGUUAGUUAUAGCUGUAGUUGGAACUGAAGCUGCUUCCCUCAAUGGGCAAAGCGGCUGUUUAUAUGACGGCAAAAUAUACGCAAAGGGAGCAGAGAUAAGAAUUGGGAAUUGUUUGGGUGCCAUGACUUGUGAUGGCGACAACAGUUACUCCAAUCUGGUCCAAUGGGGUGGAAUCUGCCCAGAAAAGGACAGCAAAAGAGAGAACAAAAAUGGCUGUUGGUUUGAUGGCAAAGAGUAUGCCAAGGGAGAGCAGAUAGUUUUCGGCAAUUGCCUGGGCGCAAUGACGUGCGAUGGAGACAAUAGUUAUUCAAACUUGGUCCAGUGGGGGAACGUCUGCCCUAAUAAAGAUAGCAAGAGAGAAAGCAUGGGAAUGUUUGUCCCGGCAACUAACAAUGAAGACCAAAGGGAUCACUAA